UAGAUCAUGCCACUGCACUCGAGCCUAGGCAACAGAGCAAGACUUCAUCCAAAAAACCCCAAAAAAACCUAAUGUUUUAAUUUAUAUUUUAGAUUAGUGGGAUGGUUUGGCCAUGAACUCAGCACCAGAUUUAAGAUGGAUAACAAACUGCAGUUAAUCCCUGGGGUCUGUGGAUUCCGAAUUUCAAAUCCUCCCAUUUUGUUGGUCUGUUCCUUACAUGCUAGUUUAGAGAUCUUUAAGCAAGCAACAAUGAAGGCAUUGCGGAAAAAAUCCAUUUUGCUAACUGGCUAUCUGGAAUACCUGAUCAAGCAUAACUAUGGCAAAGAUAAAACAGCAACUGAGAAACCAAUUGUGAACAUAAUUACUCCAUCUCAUAUAGAGGAGCGGGGGUGCCAGCUAACAAUAACAUUUUCUGUUCCAAACAAAGAUGUUUUCCAAGAACUAGAAAAAAGAGGAGUGGUUUGUGACAAGAGGAAUCCAAAUGGCAUUCGAGUGGCUCCAGUUCCUCUCUAUAAUUCUUUCCAUGAUGUUUAUAAGUUUACCAAUCUGCUCACUUCUAUACUUGACUCUGCAGAAACAACAAAUUAGCAGUGUUUUCUAGAACAACUUAAGCCAAUUAUACUGAAAGCUGCUGUGGUUAUUUCAGUAUUAUUCAAUUUUGAAUUAUUGAAAGUAUGUCACCAUUGACCACAUAUAACUAACAAUAAAUAAUAUAUCUUUCAGAAAAUCUG